AUGAACAAUUUAUUUAGCAAACCUAAUUCCAUUAAACAUUAUAUUAAAAAUCAUUCUGAUAUACUUAAACUAAUAUCAGUAAUGAGCUUAGAUAAUUAAUUGUAUUAGCAAUAAAAAAGUUUAGUACUCUUAGAGUAACAGAAUUUCAUUUAAUAAUAAAGUAAUAAUUAUUAUUUCUAAAAUUGA